UUAUUUUUGUAUCACAAGUGGUCUAUAUGUUUGACAAUUGAUUGACCGAUAUGUUGACCACUUUGACGACCAAAUUUAGAUUAAAUGUCUGUCUAUUGACGUUGAAUUCAAUCCGUGGCCGUAAAUGGUGGCCAAUACCACCCGAUCUCAGACAUAUCGAGUUACCGCCGGAACACGAGCGACAACUGAUCGCUUUGGAACCGACACCCGAUUGGCACGGAGUGAGGCCACGAAAGUUUACUAAACAACGACACGAUAUUAUGGGUCCCGAAGUGGUCAACAAUCAGUUGAUACACAGACAGUACGGAAUAAUUGCUCUAACCGGUUAUCAUAUAACUAUAAAUCACAUUAAUUUGAUCCGCACCGUCAUCAACAAACACAUGGAUAUCAAUAAAGCGUUUGCCAUUUGGCGCAUUGAGGCCCCGUGGAAACCCAUAUCUAAACGGAGUCAGGGCAAGCGUAUGGGCGGCGGAAAGGCAGCCAUCCAUCACUACGCGACGCCCAUACGCGCCGGUCAAGUGAUUGUCGAGAUUGGCGGACGCAUUGAGUUUGAUGAAUGCUAUUACUAUUUAGAGUCAAUCAGUAAGCGUUUGCCGUGUGAUGCCUAUCCAGUUAGUCAAGAAAUACUGGACCACUGGGACAAAGAGGAAGAAGAAUUGAAACAAAAAAAUAUUAAUCCCAUUUCAUUUGAAAGAGUAGUUAAACUGAACCUCCAGGGAAGUCAUCAAUGGAUUAAACCGUACGAUAAGCUUUGGUAUGGAAAAUAUACGAGCGGUUAGUCGUUAUAUAACACAUUAGACUUUAAUUCAAUUUUUUUAGUGAUUAUUACAAUUAAUUAUGAUUAUUAAAAUGUAUAACAAUGACUAUUAACUAUAUGUUUUAAAGACUA